UUUUAAACCCCCAAAAGAUAAUUAAUAAACAUGAAAAUCCGUUUCGUGUCUGUUGCUGCUUCCGAAAUUUCUCUGGUCCCUCUUUUUGUUUUUGUGAAUUUAUAGAUCCAUGAUAAUUUUUUCAUUAUUCUGAUCGAGUGUUUGGGUAGAUUUUGAAUUCUGCUGGGAUCAAGGGCGACAAAAAAUGAAUACUGGGGAUUAUAUCAAUAUUCAACCCUCCGAGCUCAAAUUCCCAUUUGAAUUGAGGAAGCAAAGUUCUUGUUCCUUGCAAUUGACCAACAAAACGGACAAAUAUGUUGCCUUCAAGGUUAAAACCACCAAUCCGAAGAAGUACUGUGUUCGUCCUAAUGCUGGAAUCAUUUUGCCUAGUAGUGCAAGCAAUAUUACAGUGACCAUGCAAGCUCCUAAGGAGACGCCUCCUGAUAUGCAGUGCAAGGAUAAGUUUUUAAUUCAAAGUGUUGUAGCACCAGAUGGUACAACAUCAAAGGACAUUAGUGCAGAAUUGUUUAACAAGGGAGAUGGUAAGGUAGUAGAUGAAUUUAAGAUGAGGGUUGUUUACAUUUUUGCAAAUCCUCCGUCGCCUGUCCCAGAAGGAUCUGAAGAAGGAUCUCCUCCCAGGACCACUGCAGUUGAUGAUGGAAACCAAAAUUUUGCUUUAUUUGAUGCUGUUUCAAGAUCUCUGGAGGAGCCUAAAGAGAAAUCAUCACAGACAUGGUCUAACGUUUCUAAGUUGACCGAGGAGAAAGAUGCUGCUUUACAAAAGAAUCAGAAACUACGCCAGGAGCUGGAACUUCUGAGGAAAGAAGCAAGCGGAAGGCAGGGUGGCGGUUUCUCUGUAUUGUUCGUGGUGCUAGUCGGUCUCAUCGGAGUUCUGAUUGGUUACUUGGUGAAGAAAACAUAGGCAACUCAGGCAUUUCCCUUUUUUUCUUUUCUUUUGUUUGAUGCAUUUUGCUGUUAUUAUCUGUGUUUUGUCCAGAAUUAACAACCUUAAAUGUUUAGUGCGUCAAAAAGACAGCUUUUGAUGUCAGUAAUUGUUCUACAUUGAUUCUGGAUAGUUGUUUUUUUUUGAAAAAUCCUUCUUGAAUGGAUUCAUUUUAGCUUCUUGCUUGCUCUCCUA